GCCCCUAGAACCGCCCUCUUUCCUCUCCAGGAGCGGCCGGCAGUCCAGGCAGGCGUGCGCUGCGCGGCACUCAGCCGAAAGAACUCGGGACGCCGAGAAGCUGGGGACAGCGCAGACUGGCAGGGCAGGGAGAGAUCGAGGAUCCCCCUGUGGGCCGGUGGACCCCCGGGCCCUGCUUCCCACAGCUGGCGGCCUUGGGGCCGCCAGGAUUGCUCAGUGAGGGGCUUCCGGGCUAUUGGUGCCAAGGCUACAGCUGAUCUCUCUGGACCAGCAUGUUGGCAUCCUGGACUCCUGGCUUGUGGCUGCUCGGGCUCUGGGCCACCUUCAGCCAUGGAGCAAAUAUAGGUGAGCGAUGCCCAUCUUCCCAGCAAGAAGGACUCAAACUGGAACACAGUAGUGACCCAUCAGCCAACGUGACUGGCUUCAACCUAAUCCGCCGACUGAAUCUCAUGAAGACAUCUGCCAUCAAGAAGAUCCGCAACCCCAAAGGGCCACUCAUCUUGCGACUGGGAGCUGCCCCACUGACCCAACCCACACGAAGAGUGUUCCCUCGGGGACUGCCAGAGGAGUUUGCCCUGGUCCUGACAGUCCUACUAAAGAAGCAAACCUUCCGGAACACGUGGUACUUGUUCCAAGUGACUGAUGCAAAUGGGUACCCACAGAUCUCCUUGGAAGUCAACAGCCAGGAGCGGAGUCUAGAGCUCCGGGCACAGGGCCAAGAUGGUGACUUUGUAUCCUGCAUCUUCCCAGUGCCCCAGCUCUUUGAUUUGCGCUGGCACAAGCUGAUGCUGAGUGUGGCGGGUCGUGUGGCCUCUGUGCAUGUGGACUGCAUCUCAGCCUCCUCCCAGCCCCUGGGGCCCUGGCAACCCAUUCGGCCUGGGGGCCAUGUAUUUCUGGGCUUGGAUGCUGAGCAGGGCAAACCUGUUUCGUUUGACCUUCAGCAGGCGCACAUCUACUGUGACCCAGAGCUGGUGCUGGAGGAGGGCUGCUGUGAGAUCUUACCAGGAGGGUGUCCCCCAGAGACCUCCAAGGCCCGUCGGGAUACCCAGAGUAAUGAGCUCAUUGAGAUCAAUCCUCAGACGGAGGGCAAGGUCUACACCCGCUGCUUCUGCUUGGAGGAGCCCCAGAACAGCAAGGUGGAUGCACAGCUAAUGGGAAGAAGCAGCCAGAAGGCAGAAAGGGGGACAAAGGUCCACCGGGAGACUGAAGUCAAUGAGUGCCCACCCUGCGUCCACGGUACCCAGGAGAGCAAUGUCACACUUGGUCCCUCUGGCCCCAAGGGAGGGAAAGGUGAGCGAGGCCUGACUGGACCAUCAGGCCCCAAGGGAGAGAAGGGAGCUCGGGGCAGCGACUGUGUUCGAGUCUCCCCAGAUGCCCCACUUCAGUGUGCAGAAGGCCCGAAAGGAGAGAAAGGAGAAUCAGGAGACUUGGGACCCUCAGGACUCCCAGGCUCAACAGGCCAGAAGGGCCAGAAAGGCGAGAAGGGUGACGGUGGCCUCAAAGGAUUGCCAGGAAAACCAGGCCGAGAUGGUCGGCCAGGAGAGAUCUGUGUCAUCGGACCCAAAGGGCAGAAAGGUGACCCUGGCUUCGUUGGGCCCGAGGGACUGGCAGGAGAGCCUGGCCCCCCCGGCCUCCCUGGGCUGCCUGGGAUAGGACUGCCUGGGUCUCCUGGAGAUCCAGGUGGCCCACCAGGCCCAAAGGGAGACAAGGGCAGCUCUGGGACACCCGGAAAGGAAGGCCCUGGAGGGAAGCCUGGCAAGCCGGGAGUGCCAGGGACUAAGGGAGAGAAGGGUGACCCCUGUGAAGUGUGUCCAACACUGCCUGAAGGGUUCCAGAAUUUUGUGGGACUCCCUGGAAAACCAGGUCCUAAAGGAGAGCCAGGUGAUCCUGCUCCAGCCAGGGAUGGCCUAGGAACUGUUGGACUGAAAGGUGACCGGGGAGAUCCAGGCAUUCAAGGCAUGAAGGGAGAGAAGGGAGAACCCUGUUCAUCCUGCAGUUCAGGUGUUGGGGCCCAGCAUCUUAGGCCCUCUACAGGGGCCAGUGAAGACCCAGACUCCCUUGGCCAUGGUUUACCUGGCCUUCCGGGGAAAUCUGGAGUUCCUGGGCCAAGAGGUCUGAAAGGAGAGAAGGGUAAUUUUGGCGAUGCAGGGCCGGCAGGAGUUCCAGGGCCACCAGGACCAGUGGGACCAGCAGGCACCAAAGGGGCAAAGGGGGAGCCUUGUGAGCCCUGUGCAGCCUUGUCCAGGAUUCCGGAUGGGGACAGCCAUGUGGUUCACUUGCCCGGCCCAGCUGGAGAGAAGGGAGAGCCUGGUCCCCCAGGCUUUGGAUUGCCUGGGAAGCAGGGCAGAGCUGGAGAGCGUGGACUCAAGGGCCAGAAGGGUGAUGCUGGAAAUCCAGGAGACCCCGGAAUGCCAGGCACCACUGGGCAGCCUGGAAUGUCUGGAGAGCCUGGGGUUCGGGGUCCUGCUGGACCAAAAGGAGAAAAGGGCGAUGGCUGCACUGCCUGCUCUAGCCUGCAGGGGGCGUUGACCGAUGUAUCAGGACUGCCUGGGAAGCCAGGCCCCAAGGGAGAGCCAGGUCCCGAAGGUGUGGGCCGGCCUGGGAAACCAGGCCAGCCUGGUCUACCAGGAGUUCAAGGGCCCCCAGGACUGAAGGGUAUUCAGGGAGAGCCUGGACCUCCAGGCACCGGUGCUGAGGGACCCCAGGGCGAGCCUGGAGCCCAAGGUUUACCUGGCAUUCAGGGACUUCCGGGACCUCGGGGACCACCUGGCUCAGCUGGAGAAAGAGGUGCCCAGGGACCUCCAGGACCCAAAGGAGCCACAGGACCCAUGGGACCUCCUGGUACUAGUGUCUCUGGGCCUCCGGGCCAAGAUGGGCAGAAAGGAGAGAUUGGCCUUCCAGGAGCCCAAGGGACACCAGGUGAAAAGGGAUCUCGAGGAGAGAAGGGUGAACCUGGAGAGUGCUCCUGUACUUCUCGGGGAGAGGCCAUCUUCUCUGGCAUGCCGGGUGCUCCGGGACUGUGGAUGGGCAGCUCCUCGCAGCCGGGCCCGCAGGGUCCCCCAGGUGUCCCUGGACCACCAGGUCCCCCCGGAAUGCCUGGACUGCAGGGAGUGCCAGGACACAACGGUUUGCCAGGGCAGCCUGGGCUCACCGCCGAGCUGGGAUCCUUACCCAUUGAGCAGCGCCUCCUUGAGAGCAUCUGUGGAAACUGUGCCCAAGGCCAGACGGCCCAUCCGGCCUUCCUCCUGGAGAAGGGAGAAAAGGGAGACCAGGGCAUCCCUGGCGUGCCAGGCUUUGACAACUGUGCCAGGUGCUUUAUGGGAAGGGAGCGCCCCAGAGCAGAGGAAGCCAGGGGAGACAACAGUGAGGGAGAGCCCGGCUGUCCUGGGAACCCUGGCCUGCCUGGUCCUCCAGGGCUUCCAGGUCAAAGAGGAGAAGAGGGACCACCUGGCAUGAGAGGCUCCCCAGGUCCUCCAGGCCCUAUUGGCCCCCCAGGUUUUCCUGGUACUGUUGGCUCCCCCGGACUGCCUGGCCUGCAAGGAGAGCGAGGCCUCACAGGCCUGACUGGAGACAAGGGAGAGCCGGGUCCUCCAGGACAACCUGGCUACCCAGGUGCCAUGGGACCCCCAGGAUUGCCUGGCAUCAAGGGAGAGCGAGGAUACACCGGCCCUGCAGGAGAGAAGGGCGAGUCGGGCCCACCAGGAUCUGAAGGCCUUCCAGGUCCCCAAGGCCCAGCGGGUCCUCGAGGAGAGCGAGGCCCCCAGGGGAGCUCUGGUGAGAAGGGUGACCAGGGAUUUCAAGGCCAGCCAGGCUUUCCAGGUCCACCGGGUCCGCCAGGAUUCCCAGGCAAAGCUGGAGUCCCUGGCCCUCCUGGUCCCCAAGCAGAGAAGGGCAGUGAAGGGAUUCGAGGCCCAUCGGGCUUGCCUGGUUCCCCUGGGCCACCAGGCCCUCCCGGGAUUCAGGGCCCUGCUGGGCUGGACGGACUGGACGGGAAGGACGGCAAGCCUGGCCUGAGGGGGGACCCAGGUCCCGCUGGCCCUCCUGGACUCAUGGGACCCCCGGGUUUCAAGGGGAAAACAGGGCAUCCCGGCCUCCCUGGGCCUAAGGGUGACUGCGGAAAACCAGGUCCCCCUGGCAGCAGUGGCCGGCCAGGUGCAGAGGGUGAGCCUGGUGCCAUGGGACCCCAGGGACGACCAGGACCUCCAGGUCAUCUUGGGAACUCUUGCUGGAGAAGGGACACGGAUACACAGAACCAAAAGCAGCCGGGAGCUUGAUGUGUCUGAGGGACCUGAAGACCGUCACACUGGGGUAGCUUGAUACAUGUGUGACCAGAAAAGCUGAACUUUGAAAAAGCUACCUCUGGGGUGGGUUCAGACAGGCAUACCCAGGAAAGGGCUGGUAAGUGGCAGGUGGGUGGCUGGGUGGUGGGAAGGGAGAGGGAACAGAGGGCUCAGGAGAUCUGGGAUGCACUCAGAGGUGGGGAGCUCGCUUUGAAGCAAGGGCGAGCUGAGUGGUGGAAAGAGAGGGACCAAGAAGUUCUGCUGAGUGCCUGGGUGGGCAGGUGGUGGUUUUGCCAUUAGGGGGAAUUGGAGAACAUGUUUAUUUAGCAAUGCUGUAUUUUUCCAUCCACUUUUCUCAUCAGUGACACAAAUGACUGCCGAUUGUGGCCUUUGAUCAGUGUGACGGCACCAAGCCGACAGGGCUCCCGAGAAAGCAAAUCCACUGGCGUGCUAGUAUAGCAUGGCUGUAUAAUUUUCAGGAGGCGUUUGGGAACAUUGAAAAUAGCUCAUGACAAAAAACAAAAAAAACAAACAAAACAAAAAAAACCCAGGAACUCUCAGGUCACCGUUUUGUGUAUCUCAAGGAGUACAGAGGCUCUGUUCUGGGGACCCCAGGUCUCCCCUCCAGUCCUGUUCACAUUAAGUAUGAAAGAGUCAUACCCUGGACGGUGGGCCUGGUAGAGAUUCCGUAGGGGGGCUAUGGGUGAGGACCUGAUGGGCUCCCCUGUCAUUCCUCUCUUCAGCCCUGGUCCCUGCUAUGUGCUGGUCCCAAUGAGGAUCCCCACCCCAGGAGUCUUACAUGAGUAGUAUAGGCGCUAUGGCGCCAGAAUGUUCUGGAAGGGGUGUGGAGGAAUGUGCUCUGGGGAGGAGAUGAGCACUCUCGGGUUCAGAGAAGGUAUUGCUCUGCUGAAGGAGGUGAACUUUAGACUGUGGGCGUCUCAGAUACAGCCCUAGCAGUGUCAGGAGAGGACGACCCCAGGGGUUAGCGUGUCGUUGCUUCUCAGAGUGUGGGGCUCCAGAGCUUUCCCAUGUGGAUGCUGAGUCAGCCUUUUGUUCUGUCCCCAAAGGUCUCCCACUUCUGUGAUAUGAAAAAGGGCUUUGGAGAUAGCUGGAUUCCCUCCUGUGAAUGUAGGGAAUGGGGACAUGGUCUCUGGUACAUGUUGUCCCUGCCCUUCACCUCUACUGUGUAAAACCUGGCUGCUGGUUUUACCUCCUCCACAAAACAACAGGAGGCUGGACUGCCUUUAGGAAGCACAGGGUCUCGGGAGAGGUCCCUGCUAGUGGUUUGUUCUCCCCUGCCUUUGGCCUCUGCACCUCACAACCUAGGUGCACCCAUCAGCGAGCACUGGGCACACGGUCCUGUCUAUUCAGCCCCUCCCACCUCUGCUCUGGAACCAGAGCUCCUGGUAGAAGUUCAAGUGUAAGAUCAGAAGGAAGGAGAGAUUUCAGAAGGAGAGCAGAGCUAAUGCAGUGUAGGGAUGUUCCUGCUGCCGCCUACACCCCCUCCAGCCUGGGUUUUCGGCUAAAGCCCUUACCAUGCCUUGACUCCCCUGU